AUCAUCAUCAUCUUUAUCUUCUUCUAUUCCAGACUAGGCAAUGGUGAUGAAGGUGGUGGUGGUGGUGGCGGUGGUGGUGAUGGUGGUGGUGCCUCGAGCAGUACAGGGUUAUUAUAAUGAAGUCAACACAAGGGCGGCCAACGAGCUGAUCGACAAGUUUGAGGCAGAAAUGGUGCCAAUGAUGAGGAAGGCUAUUGACAUCACCUGGGGACACAUCACUGGGGUGGAUGUCACGGAGGAGGCCCUGUUCGAUGCGGCCAUGGGAGUGAUGGAGCUACGUGGACAAUAUCAGGAAAAGAUUCGAUUUUACUUGCAAAGACCACAAGCUGUGCGCCAAGAUGUCAGGAGGAGACUCAGACUGGCCACCAGCGGGAACUUAAAGAGAGCCGACGCCCUUAUCCUUCACAAUGCCCUGGCCAACAUGUCACGGUCCUAUGACACCGGGAGAGCCUGCAGCAACAUUGAUAUAGAGAUUUGCAAAACAGUGCCUGGAGGAAUCAUUCGCCAGUUUGCAGAGGAACAAAACCCAGACAAGCUUGAAGAGAUUUGGGACUCCUGGCAUACCGACUUGGCCAGAGGGCUGGCCCCAGACUUCAAGAUGAGCGUGUCAGCCCUGAACGAUGCCGCCUUGUCUGUGGGCUUUCGGGACUACAGUGAAGAGAUGAUGAAGACGUACGAGGGAGACUUAAGCAAACCUGACAUGGUGGCGCUCUAUGCUCAUGUGCAGCCUCUCUAUAAGCUCCUUCACUCCUACGUCAGAAGCAAACUGAACUUACGCUUUCCGAACGAGGUCAUCUCCUUGGAUCGACCCAUGCCAGUUAUUCUGCUUGGUGACCUCUUCGGCAGGUUCUGGAGUCUCCUUUUCACGUAUAUGAAGGCGUAUCCGGACGUUAAAGAGGCGAAUAUAACGGCAUAUAUAGAAGCUAUGCCCGGAAAUGGAAGUUUUAUGUACAGAUGGGCGGAGGAAAGGUUCUUGUCUAUGGGAUUAAAGCCUCUCCCAGACAGUUUCUAUGAGCGUUCCAUUUUCUUUGAGCAAGAACACGAAGGGAGAGAGAUGGAAUGUCAGCCAAGCGCGUGGGACAUGUAUGACGGAAAGGACUUCAGGGUUUACAUGUGUACUGAGAAGAGAGAGGAACAUCUUCAGACAAUUAUUCACCUGCUGGGGCACAUUCAAUACUUCCAAUAUAUGUCCUCACUGCCAUUCUUCUACAGACAAGGCGCUAACGAGGCCUUUCAAGAAGCAAUAGCCAAUGUCUUCACCCUCGCCUUCACCAGCCCCACCCACAUCUACGCCCGUGGGUUUGGCAAGGGCCCUUUUAAUGUGUCUCUUACGGACGAGGUGCAGAUGAACUACCUCCUCCACGUGGGAUUGGCGCUGCUCCCAACCCUGCCUUACUUCCUAGGACUGGAGACGUGGCGUUGGAAGGUUUAUGAAGGGAUUUAUGUACCAGAAGAGUGGAAUUGUGAAUACUGGAGGCUUAGGAAAUACUACAGCGGGGUCCUACCAACGGUCUACAGAACAGUAAAUGAUUUAGACAUGCUCCCAACACAUCAACUGGCCCACACAGAGACCGGCUCACGUCACUUUACCGCCGUUUUCAUGAUGUUCCAGAUACUGGAACACCUAUGCAAAGAAGAGGGACAUCACGGGCCGCUCCAUAAAUGUGACCUUUAUGGCGGGAAGAAGGCUGGCUCACUCCUGGCCAAGGCCAUGGCUCUCGGCUCCUCUCACCCAUGGCCCUUCGUCUACCGUAUCCUCACUGGCGAGACGACCAUACACGCUGGCUCGCUCCUCCGGUACUUCAAGCCGCUGUAUGAAUGGCUGCAGGCCGAGAGGGAAGCUGCAGGGUUGAGGGGCGUGCCUGGCUGGAUAGGGGAACUCUCUCCGAUGGGCAUUGGUCCGGACAGUGGCUGCGGCGGUGUGGUGGCGCGGCGCAGUGUGAUGGUGGCAACUGUGGUGUUUGUGGUGGUGGCGUGGCUUCUAACACACUAACACCACACCACACACCACCACACACCACCACCACAACUAAACCCCAAAGAAAACGGAAACACGAAAGUCUGCCUUAAAAAUACCAACGUUUUCUAUGAACCAAAUGUAAACAAACAGCAAUAUUCUGACCUUGAGUGUGUGUGUGUCUCUGGAAACUGACCUUAUUUUGACCCUUCCACUGACCUGAGGGCGUGACGGGCGGGCGUGCGGAGACAUGAAGGACCGAAGGACACGCUGGAGGAAGGAGAAGGAGAGACAGUGAGAAGUAAGAGAGAUAUGGAGAGAGAAAGAUGAGGAAGGCUGGAAUGAAGGAGAAGAAUGCUGGAAAUGUUAUUGUUUUGAGAGAGAGA